AUGUGGGCGGGAGGGCUGGUCGAGGCGCUAGACCCGACCGGGACUAGGGGCAGGUCUCCGCGCAAAGAAGAUCCGGAAAGCCUCAAAGUCAGUCAGUCCAUGUCGCUUUUUCUCGCCCGGCCUCUCCUCAUCGCUCUUCCCCCUCCCCUCCUCUCCUCCCCCGCGCCGUCUCUUCCCUUCCCUUGCCUGUGCCGUCCGGUCCUGUCGGCUGUUCGCAAGCAGUCGACAGCUGUGCCGCUCUAUCUACAAAGCUCUUCACAGUCCAUGCUUUUGCGUUCAGGGACAUGUAGCUCCUUCUCUUCACUAUCUUCCUCGCCGAGUUUGAUCAACUCCCAAAAUCCUCGUCGAAGCCUCCCUUCUGCCAUCCCCACACAACAAUCCCGAACCUUCUUGGUACAAUUCAGACGUCAAGCCCAGUCCCUGAAAGAGAACUUCCCUUCGAAAUCUCCGGCCGAUUUGCAACUCACCAACCUCCCCUACUUCAUCCGUCGCACACCCUCCAACCAACUCCCUGUGUACUUGGUCACCAAGGCCGGCGGUACCAAGCAGCAGACGAAGCUCCAGAAAACUGAAGGCGACCUGGAUGCGUUGAGGAGUGACCUGGCACAGUUUUUGGGACUUGAGUCUGGCGACCCUAAUGCUCCCCAGAGCCCCGAUGUUACCAUCAACCGUCUGACUGGGCACAUUCUGGUCAAGGGCUGGCGGAAACCUGAAAUCCAGCAGUUCCUGUUGCAGCGCAACUUCUAA